ACAACAGCCUGCGGAAGAAGAAGAAAAAGAUGCAUAUCUGACAGAUGACCUACAGGAUAUUCGGAUGGCGAAUAAUCUGGCACCUGAUAAGCCUUAUCGUGAUCUGGUCCAUCCACGCUCUUCUUCUAGUCAGCAGAUGGGCAGCUACUCAUACUCAUCAUCGUCUGCUGUAGGCCAUCAACGAGCUGGACAUGAGGAGCAACAUCAAUAUUAUCAACUGCAUCUGUGUAAUCUUCUUCAUGGAAAUAAUGACCCAAGAACAAGAACUACACCAGAACCAGAACAACGUGGACAAUCUCGUGCGGCUGCAGGCUUACCCCGUCCAAAAUCACCAGGCGGAGAAGGAAAACGAAAGGCAAAAGAACGUCCCGAGAAUCACAGUGGACCUGGAGGAGUGCAGCCUCAGGCUCAGAGUUACCACCUCCAGCCAACGCCUCCUCAACCACAACAACAACAACAACAACAGCCAACUACGUCUCCUGUGUUUAUGUUUUCUUUGCCUUCAGAAUGCUGGGGACCACGAGCAGAUGGAACGUCGUCUUAUGAACAAAAACACCAGACUCAGACUCAUGAUCAACAUGAUUUUUAUGUUGAACAAGGACAUUGCCAAGCUCAGAGCCAGAACGGAGGACACCAGACUCAAACUCACCAGCAGCACCAGCAUCCAACGACGUAUGCUGGUGCUCCGCUCCAUGAUGAUCAGCAAAGAGGAUAUGACCAUGAUGAACAUCCAGGCCAACUACAUCAAGAAGGAGCUGCUUCACCUUCAGCUUGUUUCAGCCCAUAUAGUGCUGGAUACCAUCUUCAAGGAACAGGAACACUCAGCCCAUAUUAUAAUGCUGGAUACAACUACCUCCACCAUGGACCACCUCCACAACCAGCAUAUGGAGGCUCAUCGCAAGAACAUGACUGGACAUAUCCUGGAGGAGCCCUUCCACCUCAACCACAUCCGCGAGGACCUUAUGCUCUAUGCCCACCGCUUGACGAAGCUGUCGCUGCUCACGAGGCUUUUGAACCAAAGUUGCCUGCACAAGUACAAGAACUGGCAAAUUAUAGUACUAACAAGAAACUACAUCACGUAGGAAUUGUGAAACAACCAAGUGGAAAAUCUAGGAACAAGUCGCCUACAACUACUACUACUUCUCUUCCUAGAGGUGAGUUUGAAGGAGAAGGAGGUCGAGACCUCCUACGAGUUAGGAAAGAGGUCGUCGUGCGGGGACAAGAGCCACCAGUUGUACCAGAAGCUCAAAUGCGACACCAGAACGGCCAGCCGCAAGCUCAUCUUCCAUCUAGAAGCAGUCUGGACAAUCCUGCUCCCCCAGGCACGGACGCGGUGCCAAUCCCUACCUUUUUAAAGAGUGCUAAAAAACUACGAAGUUGUAAAGAUAUGGAACAAGAUGAUUGUGGAACGGCAGCAGUUGUUGAUGUAGAUCUACUUCUUGGAAAAGAGGAUCGCGCUGGGCCCUUGCCACCUGGGCUCGUGCAACGAGGCACUAGUACAGGACCGACUACUAUCGCCAAUACUGGAAGAAGUUCAAGCUGUGUUGAUCAUGGUCAUUGUUGCGAAUAAGACGAAUCCAAUUGUUGCACCAUGAAGAUGAAAGAACAAGAAGAUCCAACAAGAAAGCCAAGGCAUGAAGUCGCAAGAUGUUCGAAGCACGUGAGUGCAAUACUCUGCAAGUUUCUGAAUAUGAACACGAUCAAGCACAUAAGCGAGCGAGAAAGUUAACACCCGAAGAAUAAGAGCAUGAGCAUCAAACUAAUGCCAUGCAAUUUACCACCUUGCACAUGAGUGCCAAAAUAUUGAUUGAACAACUUAGGCCUUGAGUCAUAUGCAUGCGUCUUGUUUUGUGUCUUGAAUCACCCCAGUAAUACAAUCAAUGCCGCUGCGAUUUCCGCUAUUACUGUUCAACCGAAG